AUGGAUUUUCAAACGGGUAUGCCGCCGUUUGAACUUUUUAUUCAUGGCGAUGCCUCUACGUUCGUCACAGUGCCAAAGCCCUUUAUCAACACGGCUAAUUCACCUUCCGUAUCUGCACGGCGACGAGUAAUCGGAGGACUGCGAAGAAGCGCUUUCAAAGUCCGCGCAGUUUCUAAGAAACGGGAGCCUGCGAAGGUGGUUCCUCAAGCUGAUAGAGUAUACUCGUUCGUCUUGAGUAGCGCCCUGAGCUGGAUUUGGGCACAGAUUCUAAGCACUGUUUCUGCAAAGCUGGUGAUUUGUUAGCUGUGGUUGAGUAGAGAAGCUUCCUCCAACACUACAAUCAGAUCAACAUCAGAUAUCUUCACUCAGAUUAGUUCUCUUCCCUGAUUCUCAUUUGCUUGUUGCUUCUGCAAUAUCUGAUCUUUGUUUUUUGUCUUUAUUGCUCUGUGUGAUCCGUAUAAAGAUAUCAGUUCUUCUCAUUAGGAAAAAUACCUUAAAUUAUAUUUUAAAAAUUACUCAACCUUCAAAACAAAGCUGAAGAACAUCAAGAAUAAAUGAUUUUUUUUUAUACUUUUUUUCCCUAGAGAAUGUAAAACCCUUUUCAAAUAAAUGAAUAAUUUUGGUCUAAUUAUUGAUUUUUGGAUAGUUUGAGUCAUAAAAAUUUAGGAAUAAUAGGAUUCCAUAAACUUAAAGACUUUAUGUAAUUCAAAUUAUGUUUGAUAGUUCUUUUGUUUUUACUAAA